UCAAUGCGGUGAGCCACGCUCCGUUUACCGCGCACUUGCAAUUUCCCAGCAGCCGAACAUCCCACUCACUUGAUCCAUUUCAUGCCACUGCAGACCUCAAAACUCUUAAAGCUUGCUCUGUCGCCCGGCCGAAACGCAGGCGCGCACUAUCAACAUGAGCGAAGAAUUCGAGAGUCGACUCGCGGAGCUGAGGGAGCAGCUCCGAGAACUUCAACAGGAUGACGACAACAACUUGAGGGAUUUCCAGGCCGCGAUCCAAAAGUACAGGCACAUGACCAUGGUAUAUGCGGCGCGCCGUGUCUCGCUCAUAGACGCUCUUAACCAACUCAUGCACUCCCAACCCAAGGCGGUCCUAUCCGACGAGAUUGGCGCCACUUCCUCAAGACCCGGCAGAGCCGACAGCAGCUCCAAUAGCCGAGCUCCAGAGUAUCACAAGGAGACCUGCUGGGAGUACAAAACCACUGGUAAAUGCACCAAACACAACUGCACAUUCUACCACACCCUCCCAACGACCGGGCCACCAGGCUUCAUCCCGUUAAACGCGCAGGACCAUCGCAUCGACAUGAUGAUGCGACUGCCCCACUGGAAGCUCUGGAAGGAGUAUAACACAUAUCGCCAGUCAGGUCAACCCUGCGUGGACUUCCACAUUCGUGGAGAAUGCGAUAACGGGGAGGUCUGCAGAUAUGCUCACGGACCGCCUAUCAGCGACACAAUGAAAUCGUGCAUGAAAUAUCGGCUCUGGAACACCGUGUGCGAUAAUGGAGGCGCGUGUCGGCGACUCGACUGCUUGAACGGACACCACUGUCACUUCAAUCCUUGCACUAGAGCGACCUGUGUGCUCAGUCAUGGAGUUGAUACCAGGGUUGUGCGAUGGGUCCCAGCGAAGGAUAAUAUCCCCUCGGGUCCCUUUGGCACGUUACCAGCGGAGACAACGGACAGCAGCAGUGAGAGCGACGAGGGGGAGACACGAGACGCAACGCAGUCCGGCGAAAUCAACCUCAUCGACAUGUAAUCUCGAUACACCCAAUGGCAAGACGGGAUAUGAAUAGUGAUCUUCAGGUUGUGUACGAAGGUGGUCAGCUGUAUGUGAUGCGGUAGCUAUGAAACCUUUUGGAGAUCGAAACAGCAGAGAAGACAGCGGCAUCUGACAGGGAGACGGGGAGGAAUUGAAUAUUCUGCCGAUUGCCGGAAUGAUAGUGUGACUAUCUUGAAAAUAUA